ACUCGAUUGACUGUCAUUUCGUGGUGUUAUUUUGAAAAACAAAAUUUUGUAUGUAGCGAAUUUUGAUAAAUAAAAUGGGUGCUUCAACGAGUUCUACAAGAAAAUUAACUGUCGAAAACGAAGAUCCAACUGGCGUCAUACAAUUGUCCGAAGAGGUCGUAAAUCGCAUCAAAGGAAGCAAAGUGAAAAGUCCAGAAGUAUUGCAAGGCAAAGCAGAGGAAGGGGGCCAGUUUCCUGUCUAUUGGAAUCCUGCUAGUCUAACUUCUCAACAAAUUCAGGAAAUCACUUCGGCCGAGUUGGAGAAAAAUGACCAAUACUGGCAGCAAAGGAUUAAAAAUAUCGAAGAAAAACACAAAAAGUUAAAUUUAGUCUUGGAAGAAGAAUAUAAAAAAGCAGUAAAAGAAUUUUCAGUCAAGAAAAUCGACAGGAAAUUACCACCAUGCAAGGACACAGAACGGGCAGUUAAAGAGUGCUAUUUGGAGAACCCACAGGAACCAAUGAAAUGUGCGAAAGUAGUUCAAGCCUUUCAAGAAUGCGUCGAUUCGAGAAGAAACGCUUUGUUGGCCAGUCGGGGAUGAGAUUUACUGAGAAAAUGCUUUUAGAUUGAACAAUAGGAACUUACUUUAUUUAUGUCCCUUUCGAUACAGAUCGAACUGUAAUCUUCGUUGAAAUUGUAAACAAUAAUUUAGAACUCUGAAGAUAAGAAGAUAAAUCUUAUGUGAAUGUAAUAAUAAAUUAAAUCACUCUAUAAACUAAUAUUUAAUAACAAAUUACAAUAUUUAUUUUAAUUUACUGACAGCUGGAUAAUUUAAUGUUCCUCUUCGUAACCGUCAGGCAGAGCGUUGACAUGGGGGUUGUGGAACAGCGAUUUGUUCCCAUCGCCCCAAGGGAAGCGUUUCGUACGGAUUCUCAGGUGCUCGUACUUGAUGAAUUCGGGCCUUUCGUGGUGUCCAGACGUAUGGGCCAUGUAACAAUUAACGGCGCAAAGAAUAAUCGACGGAAAGGCUACGAAGAUGGUUAGAUUCUUCCAAAUUUUGUAACCACCUUCAUGUUGUCCCGAUACAGCAGAGGGGCCAAUUUGUUGGGCGGAAGCCCUUUGGGCCGAUGUUUGCAUAAAACGACGAAUGGUGUUGUUUAGCACGUAAGCCAUUUUCAGGAGGUUUUUGAUGUAUCGAAUUUGUCGAAAUUAUAUAAUUCACUCACGUAAAUUUUGCUGCUUAGCAAUAGAAAACUGUGACAAAUGACAUUAACUUUGACAUAUGUCAUACACUCUAUUUAUUCCAGACAUUAGCCAAUCUUCU